GGCUCUUCAUGUGUUUCCCACGAAUUUGGACCACAAACACCAGCCUACCCUGUAGAAAUAUAUGGGCACUCAAAUAGUAAGGGAACAAACGAGUGGUAGCCUCACUGCCAUUGUUGUGGACGAAAAUCUAUGCCAUGCCAGGGCUGCAAGCUGCAUGCUUGCCAACCUCCAGUGUAAAGUGAUUGUGUAUGCGAGUCCUGUUGAUGCGCUCAAGUUUCUUAAGGAUCACCAAAGAGAUACUGAUUUUGCGUUAGUGGAAGUCAACAUGAAAGAGAUGCAUGGUUUUCAGUUCCUUGACAUGUCCAGGAAGUUGCACAAAAGCCUUCAAGUGAUCAUGAUGUCAGCUGAUACGACAUGGCCCACGAUGAAGAGAAGUGUCGAGCUUGGUGCACGUUUCUUGAUUAAAAAGCCUCUUGAUGCAAAUACGAUGAAUAACCUGUGGCAGCAUCUUGACCUAAAAUUUCAACGGACCGACAAGAUCAAGGCCUUAUUCCCAGGUAUUGAAGGGAAAACGGGGAAUGCAUUUGAGGAAGGGACCAACAAGCAGAAGGGAACUCACCUGAUGUGGACUCCAUUCCUGCAGAGGAAGUUUUUGCAAGCUGUUGAACUACUUGGGGAAGACGCAUCUCCGAAGAAGAUACAGUUGCUCAUGAAUGUGAACUCCGUUAGUCGCAAACAGAUCUCUGCUCAUCUUCAGAAACACCGAAAGAAGGUCGAGAAAGAACUACGUAAUUCAAAUGCAAACAACUCCAGCCAUGGCAUUGGCGGCGCCUCGAAUUCACGGCCUUCGAGGAUUUUUGAAAUAAGCCAUGGCAGAUUCCAGUACAAUCGUCCCGACGUCCAACCAGAACAUAGAUCUGAUGAAUCCGUAUCCGUGGAGCAGACAGAAACCAUCGAGGAAACACAAAGCAACAGGUUGUAUGAAGCGAUGCGAAGAGCCUUGCAGCUUGGGAGUGUUUUCGAGGAACCACAGUUGCCCAAUGAUCCUCCUGCUGGUAAAGAUGCAAGAGAAGUUGAAGAAGUCGAAAUGACGAUGAGGGAUGGUAAUUAUCGAGAUGCUGGCACAGAUGCAUUUGGUGAUAAGAAUGAGGCAUCUGGAACUCACAGUUCAGAUGGUAAUAACGCGAAGGUCAAGAGCAAGGAUGAUUCUGCUGACAAGCUGGUUUCUUGUCACGAUGAGCUGCGACCAGUUGUGACGCUUGUGACCUAUUCAGACUCGGAAGAUGGUGAAACGCUCUAGGUUAACUGAGCAACGGAUUGCGUAGGUGGAGGUACUUGUAAACUGCCAGCAGAAAUGAUGCCAGCAUGAAUGGAUGCCCAUGAAUAGACAGUUUUUGUAUCUUCUUAAUAACUAAGUUCAG